AUGACAAUUGUCACUACGAAUAAACGUACCAUUGAGGAAAAUACUGAUCAAGAUGUUCAUCAAUCAAAACGCCCUUGUACAUCACCUCGUUCGUAUUUAAAUGCGCUUAUCCACACUCAUCGUCAUUUAGUCGAUGAAUAUGUACAAAUAAAACAUUGUGAACAAAUUCGACAAACAGAAGAACAACUUGUUGAAAAUAUUCAAGAAAAAUUAGAUAAACAAAAACAAACAGCAACAACGUUAACAACGUCGUCAAACAAUAGUAUUAAUGAAAAUUUAGAUGAUAGUAAAAUAUUAAAACGUGUUAAUGAAUUAAAGUUAAAAGGUCUAUGGUUUGAUAGUCGUUUGCCAAUGUGUGUAACAAAAGAUGAACAACAUAAAACACAUUGGAAUUAUUUGUUAGAUGAAAUGCAAUGGUUAGCUGAAGAUUAUCAUCAAGAACGACGAUGGAAACAAAGCAUGGCUAAAAAAAUAGCAAAAGCAGCUCAAAAAUAUUUGAAACAGAAGCAACAACGAAUAGAGCAAGCAUUGUCUAAGGAAAAAACGGAGAAAGCAAAAUUGGUAUGUAAUGAAGUUAUGCGUUUCUGGAAUUCUAUCAGAAAAACCAAACAUCAUACAAUUCAACUUCAUGACUAUCAAGAAGAACCAGGUGAAAUAUUGGAACAUUUAGUUUUAUGUAAAUUAUCUCCUGAACAACGUUUACUGUAUGAAAAUAAUUUGUUGCCAUCAGAUAAUCAUGAUUAUUUAUCAGUUUUAACUCUGUUAUUGAAAUUAAAACGAAUAUGUAAUCAUCUAUCAACAGAAGAACGAGAACCACGUUCACCAUUAGUUUUAGAAUCUAUUGACUUAAAUAUGCCAUUAAUGCAUUAUCAGAUUGAAUUAAAAAAACCGUUAGUUUUUAAGCAUGAUCAAAGGCUAAACGAUACAUUCUUAUGUUCAAGAAUUAAAUAUUCAUUAACACCUACUAGGCAACAAUUGAAAAAUAGCAUAGAUGGAACACAACAAAAUGAUAUGACAUUAUUCAAUAAACCAAUACCACUAACAUCCACAAUUGUCAAAGAAUAUUUGAAUAAUAAUAUAACAACUACAACUAAUUCAUUUACUACGUUAGACGAAAGUACACGUGUAAAUUUAGAUGAUUUUAUCGGUGAUGAUCCCUCUUAUGUACCCGAUCAAGUUUAUUCUGAUAUUUGUUCAAAACAUCAUCAAAAUUCUCUAGAUCGUUUUAAUUUUUUAUCAAAUCUAAAUUAUGAACGUUGUUCCUAUCGACCAGUAUAUGGUGAAGAUUUAAUUGAACUAAUAAAAUCCAUUUAUCCUACUAGUCAUUUAACAAAAUCAUUAAUGGAAAUUUAUAAACAAAUCUAUGCUGAAAUUCUACUAGAAUUCUUACAUGUAUUAACAUUACGCGUUUAUUUAUCAAAUAAUUUAUCGAAAUCAUCAAUAAGUUCAACACCAUUAAUCGAAGAAUUAACGGUUCAUUUACAUAAUAAAUCACUAGAUCCAAUAUUAGUCGAUUUUCCUCUACAAUCAUUUAACUCCACUGGUAAAUUAUUUGCAUUAGAUCGUUUGUUAUUUAAAUUAAAAGCAAAAAAACAUCGUUGCUUAUUAUUAACAUCUAUGGUAGAUAUGUUACAUACUUUUAAACAAUUUUUAUCAUCAAAAAAUUAUUCUUAUACACAUUCAAUCAAAAAAUUCUAUUCAAAUUCAAGAAUAUUUUGUUGUUUAUUAACCACAACACGGUGUAAAAAACUCGUAUCGACAUUGGGUGGUAUUGAUGCGGUAAUUUUCUAUGAUCAAGAAUGGAAUUCGACAAAUAAUAAAAAUAUAUGUGACAUGUUGAGAGGUAACGUACAUUUAUAUCGAUUUAUUAGUGAAAAUACAAUUGAAGAGACGAGAAAUAUUUAUCAAUUAUUUGGAAGUCAGACAAAAUUAACACCGAUGCAAUUUGAACAAUUAUUGGAAUCAACAGAAAAUGAUGAAACAGAUGUAAUAGAAGAUGAUGAUAUUGAACCAGACAAACAUCUUGGAAUUGAAUUUUAUGCAAUGAGACAGUUAGAACGAGAAGAAUUAUCAUCAAUCAACAACAUCGAUGAUUGGCAUUUAAAAGAACAAGAGGAAGAAAUAGAUGUUGAUUUUGAAGAUGAAAUGUUUUAUGAACGAGAUAUUGAACCAAAAAUAUGGAUGACACAGAAUGGAGAACCCUAUCAAAUAUGGUCGGGAAUAAAUGAAGAUAUUACUGAUUCAAAUUUAUUUUUUGAUUAUGAUUUGACUACUCCAAUGGAAGUUGAAGAAACUCCACAAACAUCUACUAUUCCUGCUGUAUCGCGCGUUGUUGAAACAAUUUCUCCUACUCCGAUUCCUCAAUGUAAUAUUCAAGAUUUAUUAUCAAUUGACAAUACAGAUUGGUUAAUAUCCGAAGAUUAUAUUCUAUUGAAAACGAUACAACAACAACCGUUAACUAAUGAAAUUAAUUGGACAUAUGUUAGUGAAAUUUUGAAUCGAUAUAGUCGUACGCGUACUCGUACAGCAAAACAAUGUAAACAACGUUACGAAACGAUAUUAAAACCACGUGAAAAUGGACGAAUUUUGUAUGAUCUUAAUAAAAUGAAAAAAUAUCAACUAAAAGGCAAUAUGAAAGUGGUACCCGAGACGGGUGCUCAAUUGAUUCGUACAAAUCAGUUAUUUCAAUAUGAUAAUUUCCAACAAAUAUUACAAUUGUACUCGAAAAAAUGUCAACAAAUUUUGAAAGAAGCAGAAACAUUAAAUAAACAAAAAUCUAAUGGGUUUCAUCCCCAACAAGUUCGAAAGGAUACGCAAAGAACUACAACAGGACAACUUUUACACACGAAUAAUAUUCCACUUGUCUAUCCCAAAGAUAUUGUCCUUAAACGAACUGAUCGUGAAGAAAGUUUGAAACAACCAACUAUUGAAACAUCAACAACAGCCGUCACUGUAUCUGCACAAAGUCGUGAAUUAUCAUCACCAUCAAAAAUGUAUUCAUCAUUAAAUCAAUAUCAUGUUGAAACGGCUACGUCCACGACACCAGCUAUUGUCGAAGUAAAACAACAAUCGCAAGGGUCAGUAACAGCUCUUCAACGUCCAAUAUCGUCGAAUAGUCUAAAACCAACACUACCAACAAGUAGUGGUAACGGUAGCAGUUUUUCACAAAUAACUGCACCGACAAUUGUUGCUGCUUCUUCCACUCCAAAUUCUCUUGUUCAAGUAUUUACACCAGGUUCAUCAUCAUCGUCAAAUAAAUUCACAUCUGUUAUUCCUCUGGAUUAUCGUCAAAUUCGAACAAUUCCCGCCGUGCAACCCCAACAACAGCAACAGCAACAACAGCCAAUCACAAGUUUAGAAAUAAGAACACAACAGUUAAGACAACAACAACAGCAGCAGCAGCAACAACAACAACAACAAGCGAGAACCGUAGCCACGAAUCUACGUCCUACUCAACAACAGCCAGUUCGUAAUCAAUUAGCCACUUCACAAAACCGAACAUUGACUCAAGCUCAAAUUGAAUAUUUGAUUAGACACGCGAAUAAAUCCAUGACACAGCAACCGGUAGUACGACAAGCAACAGCACCGCCUGCAGUAUCCUCUUCCUCUUCCUCCUCCUCCUCAUCGCCAUCAUCAUCGAUUAUUUCAACAAAUCCUGUUCAUAAUAUAAGUGUGCAUGAAAAAAGUAAACUAUUGGCACCUCCUGUUCGUGCCGAUAUUCAACAUCCGCAGCAAAAAUCAAAUAUUCGUCAAAUAAUUACAACGAGUGGACAGAAAAUAGCAUCCAGUCCUCCAACGCCUUCUGCUACUUAUCAAACAACAACACAACAACAACCUCAACGUUUGUCUCCAACAUUUCCUCAAGUUGUCACAUCACAAGGUGGUCGUAGUUAUCGAAUUGUUAAAGUAACAAGUGGAAACACAAAUCAAGUGCAACAACAACAGCAGCAGCAGCAACAACAGCCUGUUGCACACACACAUCCGGCUGUUUUUGUUCCGGCUCAUUCAAUAAAACAACCUCAACCAAGUGAUCCACAGGCAACUACAAGUACUGGAACAACAACGUUGGGUUUUACCACAAAAACAUCUCAACCAAAUAUCAUUUUACAACUCCCAUCAUCACAAACUCCAGCACAACACACACCUAUGUCGUCUAAUGCAUCUACCAUAAGUCGUCAACAAAUACUCCAGCAAUAUUUACUCAAUACAUUAGGAUCAAGUGGAGGAGUAAGAAAUGAAAAUAGCGCGGCUACAUCACCCGCUGUUAUAACAAGAAUUAUUCAGCAUUUACAACAACAAAGAACAGCCGCAUCACCAUCAACUCCAAAAACUGAACAAAAAACCCCGCCUCAAACAUAA